AUGCCUGACAGACGUGCCGUGACAACACAAGGCAGCGUGGACAGUCAUAAACAGCCCCAGACCGUGCUCACCAGUCCCGAGCCCGUCCUGCGCGCCAACGCAGCCCUUUCACCCGCGGCGAGUGAAUGCAUGUCGUUCUGCAGUCUGAGCGGCCUUCCAUCGCAAGGACUCGCACGACGGCUGGCACCAUCUGCUCCGAACCCGAUCAUUGAACUGCAAGACAGCUAUAUCACCGACGACGCUCUCACCGCCGCCACCCUCGACUUUGCCCCGCCGCACCCGGCGAUAAGCGUGCUGCCAUUGCAUCUCCCGCCCAGGGACGCACUCCCGGCUGAUUUGCACUUCGACGCUCUCGGCGCGCGCAGACCGCUCCAAGUCUGGCAGCAGUCGAGCUUCUGCCACCGCGACAUCCUGCUCCCUCCACACCCCACCACGCCGCGCGCCUCUGCCACGACGCAGCAAGGCGUGUUGGCAAUCGAAGCAUUUGCUGUGCACGUCGACCCUCACGCAAGCCGCAAGCCGCAAGCCGCACGCCGCACAGCUGCAACAAGCAAGAUGGCGGCCGAUCUCGGUGGAAAUGAGGCCAUAGACCCGACCACGCUCUUCACCAAGCAGGAGUGCAUAGGAGGCGGCAGCUUCGGCAAGGUGUACAAGGGCCUCGACCGCCGCACAGGACACACGGUCGCAAUCAAGGUCAUCGAUGUCGAAAAUGCCGAGGACGAGGUGGAAGACAUUAUGGGCGAGAUUAUGAUUCUGUCCGGCAUGAGCUCUCCCUAUGUGACCAGAUACUACGGCUCGUACCUCCACGGCUCCGAUUUGUGGAUAGUCAUGGAGUUCUGCUCUGGCGGAAGCUGCGCAGAUCUAAUGAAACCUGGCUUAAUUGCAGAGGCGGAGAUUGCAGUCGUCGUGAAGGAACUGCUGCAGGGACUGAUGUACCUGCACGACGACGGCAAGCUACACAGAGAUAUCAAAGCUGCCAACAUCCUCGUGGGCGCGAAUGGACAGGUCAAGCUGGCGGAUUUUGGUGUGUCCGGCCAGCUUUCCGCGACCAUGACGAAGAAAAACACCUUCGUUGGUACUCCAUUCUGGAUGGCUCCCGAAGUCAUCAAACAAUCCGGGUACGAUGGCAAGGCCGACAUAUGGUCACUCGGCAUCACAGCGUUGGAACUGGCGAACGGCGAACCUCCCUACGCCGACAUCCAUCCCAUGAAGGUCCUUUUUCUGAUACCCAAAAACCCGCCCCCACAACUCCAAGGCAAUUUCUCGCCUGCUUUCAAAGAGUUCAUUGAGCUCUGUUUACGAAAGGACCCGCGAGAGCGACCCACGGCAAAGCAACUUCUCCAGUGCAACUUUGUCCGUAAAGCUGGAAAGCCUGCCCGUCUCCAGGAGCUCAUUUCCAGGUACCAAGACUGGAAGGCCCGCUAUCCAAAAGAGGCUGCAGAAAGUGAGGACGAGGCCACACCAGUCAAACGAAAGGACCCCGUCAACGAAGAUUUGUGGGACUUCGGCACGGUUAGACCCGUAGGAGGUGGCAGAGGUCCGGCACUGGCGCCGAUGAACGCUGCUGGUGCUAACGCCCGAAAUGCAUCUCCUCAAAGGAAACCCAUGUCCCAACCGCGCGGUGGCUAUGGUGAUGAGAAUGAGGACACGAUACGAGCCAGUCCGCCACCAUCGCCCACCAAGCGACUGCCGUUUCUACAGACCGUAACGUCACCUACCAGCUCGUUGAAUACGGCGGCAAGAGUCCCUCUACCACCCUCUCCGGAGAAGAAGUCGACGCUCCUAUUCUCACAGCAAACAGCAGAACUUCCACGAAAGUCUCCAGUGCCUAGCUUCUUCUCACCACCUCAAAAUCGCGGCCUCGUAACACCUACAAAGUCUCAGACUCCUCAGCAGCCGCGACGGCAAACUCCCCUCGCUCAUGCAUAUGACGAAUAUAUACAGCGGUCCAUUGCUGCCGACAUGGAGAAUAUGGAAGUGACACCACAGCAGGAACACCCACAGCAACAGCACCAUCGGGUACCUACACCUAAUCGAGUAUCCGUACUUCCUCAGAUGAAUCUAGACAUUCCGCCAUACAGGGGACAAUCCUCGAGCCCCUCUACCAGUGUUCCGCCGCCCCUUCCUAAGCAUCAGUCACAACCCCAACCACUACAGGGUCCUAUCGCUAUAAAACCAUCAGGUCUGACGUCGCCACAAAUGCAACAGCCUCUGCCCCCAUUAACGGGCCAACAUCCACUUCCGCCGCUGGCUAGUCAAAAGCCAUUUCAUGCGGAGCAGCAGGCAAUGACAGGGAGACCAGAAUCGUCGUCAUCGUCGUCAUCGAGCGACCCGUUCGGUGGUCCAUUGAUCGUUCGGCAAACACCGCAACGAGUGCAAGGUCAAGGUCUGGCUCCCGCACCACCUCCGCAUGCCACCAAGUCCCCACCCAUGAGUCGCGGCUCGUUCGGUCGACCUAAGCCGACAGCUAAUCAUCCAAGUAUAUUGGCACAACAAACUCCUGGUUCACCAGGCAUCAUUACCGACAUCACAGCUCUGGAUGGUGUGGUGAUUCCAGCACUGGAGGCGGCACUGUCUCGUCGAGCAUAUCAACUUAACCUCAAGAACAAGCUGGAGUCGGCGCAGUCUCUGGAUGAUCCGCAGGGCUUUGUUGAGAGACGGAAGCGAAGGCAGGAUUGCCACGAUCAUGUGCGACAGCUGGUGAAGGAGAUCAGCGAGAGGUUCAAGGAGUUGGAUGAUUGGGACGAGCGAGGGGAAGUCGGCAUGGGCGGAGAAGUUGCUGGUUUUCUAGAAGGGUUUUUGGAGGAGGUACUGGUCAGAGUUGAGCCUGCCGAUGACUGAGGUAGGGAAUGCGAUAUGUGUCACGUGCCUGUAAUAGUAAAUGAUGGCGAUGGCGUUGGGAGGAGAUACCUGGGAGUGCCUGAUUAAGCGGUCUUGCCUGUUUUUGAAGUCGGAUUCACACUUGAACAUAAUUACAUGGUUCCAGUCGUUGUCU